CCAGUUUCUUCUCUCCCUUCACACAGCACUGCCGCUAAAAAAAACACAGAUAGGGAGACUGUGAGAGAUAAGUCGGUCUCAGGAUGCCUGCGUACGCCACCAACAUGAGGAUGAAGUUCCCCAUUGUGGCCUUGGCUUUGGAGAUUAUCACCAUUAUCCUGUUUGCUGUGUUUGUGGUCUAUGAUGAUGGGAAAGGUCACGGUCACGGGCACGACGCACACUCCAAUAAGACUCAUCCUGAACCGGCACAGCCCAUGGAACUCUACCCCAUGUUUCAGGAUGUCCAUGUCAUGAUCUUCAUCGGCUUCGGGUUCCUGAUGACGUUCCUGAAGAGAUAUGGGUUCAGCAGCGUCGGCGUCAACUUACUCCUGGCUGCCUUCGGCCUGCAGUGGGGCCUUCUCAUGCAGGGUCUCUGGCACCUGGAAGAUGGCAAGAUCAAAGUUAACAUCUUAAAAAUAAUCAACGCAGACUUCAGCACAGCCACAGUCUUGAUCUCCUUUGGAGCAGUUCUGGGUAAAACCAGCCCUGUGCAGCUGCUCAUCAUGACCAUAAUGGAGAUUACCAUCUUCUCCAUCAAUGAACAUCUGGUGGCCAAUGUCCUCGAAGCUAAUGACGUUGGUGCAUCCAUGAUCAUCCAUGCUUUUGGAGCCUACUUUGGCCUGGCAGUGGCUCGAGUACUUUACCGACCGGGUUUGAAAAACGGACAUGAUAACGAUGGCUCUGUUUACCACUCUGACCUGUUUGCCAUGAUUGGAACCGUCUUCCUGUGGAUGUUCUGGCCCAGUUUUAACUCGGCCAUAGCAGAGCCAGGCUUCACUCAGCUCACAGCAGUGAUCAACACCUACCUCUCCCUGGCUGCCUGUGUGCUCUCUGCCUACGCCAUCUCCAGCCUUGUGGAGCACAGAGGAAAACUGGACAUGGUGCACAUUCAGAAUGCCACCUUGGCCGGUGGCGUUGCUGUGGGAACAUGUGCUGACAUGAACAUCGGGCCAUUUGGGGCCAUGCUGAUUGGAUUAGUGGCUGGCAUCGUCUCCACCCUGGGCUUCAAGUACCUGACUCCCAUCCUGGCAUCCAAACUGGGCAUCCAGGAUACCUGCGGCGUCCACAAUCUGCACGGCAUGCCUGGCAUCCUCGGUGGAUUGGCUGGUAUUGUGGCCGUGGCUUUGGGGAAAAAAAAGGGAGGUGAUGCUGCCAUGCAAGCUGCUGCCUUGGCUUCAUCCCUCGGGUUCGCUUUGGUUGGCGGGGUUGUUACAGGUUUAAUAAUGAAGUUGCCGUUCUGGGGCCAGCCUCCAGACCAGAACUGCUAUGAUGACUCUAUAUACUGGGAGGUUCCUGAGGAGGAGGAGGAGCAUGAGGAGAGCUUGGCUCACGCCGAUCACUCAAAGAACAAAGCAGAGGUUUAAAUAUCUGCUCGCCAUCCAUUCAGCUUCAAAACUAUGAAGUAAAGGACUGUUAACCUGCUCCACCAUGCCCACUCAUACCAAUUUGUACCAAUUUUUUUUUGUUUAAAUAGAUGAUUUGCUGUACUAACCAACACACGUACAUUUUUAAACUGUUUUGUGAGUAAAUAUAUCUACAGCAGUGUAUUUGUUUAGUACAGUUUAUAUUUGAAAUGUGGGCAGUGAAGGUUUUACACAACAGUCUCCAAAACACACACGUAUUUUAGUUUUAUUGUUAGAUUUUGUUCAUAUCAUUUACAUAAAGAAAAUAACUUUUAAGAAUUUGAAACAAGGACCUUCAGGGAUUUUUUACACUGAAAAGUGUGAUCAAUCAUGUUGAAAGCCCAGUGGGUCACUCCAUAGAUUCACUGCUGAUACGCAACUACAUCCCACAAGCGUUUCCUUUAUGUCGUUUUUAUAUAAUACAAUGAAGCAUUAAACCAUGUUUUAAGAUAUUA